CACGAUCAAUAGCAUCAACAAAUCCAUCAACAAAUCCAUCACCAUGUCUUACGGCUCGGCGUACUUCCAAGCUGUCACUCACCUUACUGAGACUAUAUACCACGAUACAUACGAGUUUAUAUCCCCAAAGAAACUAAAUCUCCGCGGAACAUCGGUUUUUAUCACUGGAGCGUCCAAGGGAAUCGGGAGGGAGACAGCCCUUAGUUUCGCUGUAGCCGGGUGUGCUAAGAUAGGCCUCGGAGCUCGGUCUGACCUAUCAAAAUUGGAGGCCGAGGUUAAAGAAGCUGCAAAGAAGGCCGGUCACAAGGAAGAGCCCAAGGUUGUCAAGGUCAAGCUCGAUGUGGCUUCGCAGGAAUCCGUGAAAGCUGCAGCCGAGACGGUUUCAAAGGAGUUUGGAGGAAAGGAGGUCAACGUCAAGGGUGUUUUCCUAUGCAGCAAGUAUUUCAUGCCGCUAGUUCUUGCGGGUGAAGUCAAGACCAACAUCAUCGUCUCGAGUAUUGGAGCGAUUGAUACCCAAUUCGGAGCUUCCUCGUACCAGAGCACCAAGUUUGCAGUAUGUCGGAUGGCGGAAUUCAUCGCAGUCGAAUACCACGACAAGGGUCUGGUCUGCUUUGCUGUCCAUCCCGGGGGCCUCAAGACCGAGUUGGCAGUCGGUAUGCCCCCAGAGUUGCACCAUUACCUGGUUGACGAGCUGCCGCUCCCGGGACAUUGCAUCACAUGGCUAGGAAGCGCGAACCGUCCAUGGUUAAACGGGAGAUUUGUCAGUGUUAAUUGGGAUAUGAAGGAGCUCGAGGCUAAGAAAGAUGAGAUUGUUGAAGGUGAUUUGUUGAAGUUUAGAUUGAUCACGGCAGUUUAGUUGUUUGUAUGUCUAGGGAAGUUGUAUGUCCAGGGAAGAUGUGUAGGUAGUAACAUGAAGAUGCAUAGGUACAUAUAUGUGAACACAUGUGCACACUCUUUAACAAGAUUAAACAUUGAAUCGC